AUGCGUGGCGACGUCUCGCUCGCUGUCGCAACGGCACUAUCGUUGUUUGCGCCACCAACAACGCUGGCGGCGCCCAUCACCGCGCCUUUGUCUAUCCCGUUCCAUCUUUCAUCCCGUGGCAGCCCUGAUCUGCCUGUCACUCUUUCUAUUGGCGACCAACGCAAGAUCGUUUGGCCGGAUGCAGCGGAGUCUGUGCAACUAUGCGACCCUGACCGCGUCACAAUCUCAGGCCAAGCCCUCGCUGUUGAAGCAGAUGGCUUGGGAAGGGGAUUACUGAAGCUCGAAGAUGAAUCCAUUGUCUCGGCCAACUGGACCCUUAAUUGUGUGGAGGAAGAUGGCAUAUCUGUAGAGCAGACUCUCAAGCUGGAGUUUGAGAGCUUUAAUGGGGAGCUCGUAAAGGAGACAACUGGGUUUGUGGCCAGUUUCGGCUUCUGGGACGGCGUUAGCCAGAAGAAGAACCAGCCCAUCAUCUCGACAGACACCACAGAUAAGUGCCACUCCUGGAACUGUUUCUUCCAUGGCAUCACCGACUGCCUCAAGAACAACCUCGCCUCGUGCCUCAAGGAAAACCUCCCCUCGUGGUACCCUGAUGGCUCGUCGACGGGAAGGCCUUCGUCCUCGACGACGGAUGAAGCAGUCAAAGCCGAUGGCAAGAAAUUGUCCGUCACCAACCAUCCCAGCACUACCGCAAAAGAAAAGCCCAUCAAGCCAUCUACAACUCAACUCAAGCCUUCAUCAAUCCACCCUUCACCCUCUGCUACUGACUUCACGACCCUCGUCUCCGCUAUUCCACCCCCUGACAAAUCCCUUGUCCUGUCCCUCGUCAUGGCAGCAUUUGCCUUUGGUCUUUUCUCCCUCUUCAGCAUCGGCCUUAUCCACCGACGCAUCGCCCCGCAGAUCCGUCGUCGGCCGCGUCACCGUGAGACUCCCGAGGAGCGCCGCGCCCGUGUCGAGUCUCGCAAAACCCGUGUUCGUGCUUUCUUUCAUCGUCUCUUCUGCGGCCUCUUCCGCUUCGAGGAGAAGGAUGACCGGCAGCUGGAGGAGGGCCAUGCGGCGCCACAGGGGAGAGAUCUGAGGCGGAGCGAGUCACCCAGCUCCGACGACGAAUCGAUAACCAUGGAACAGGAGCUGGCCAGAUUCAGAGAAGCCGCCAACAUGGUUAGCAGCCUCAUUGCUUUCGAAGAGGGAAGAAGCGCGGCAAGCCAGCCGAGACGUGAGGACUACCCUCCCGCGCCUCCGGCCAGACCUACACCCGCACCUGUCCCUGCCCAUGUGCCACCUCCAGCCCCUCGCAUCAGUACCGAUGACCCUUCCCUUCCCACGUAUGAGAACGAUACGGUAGACGGGUCAAUGGUUGCAGAUGGUUUCAGAUAUAUCCCGGGCUCAGAUUCUUACCCGGCUCCCACAUCUGGGGUGGGAUCUCAGCUGAAUUCCAACAGCGAUCGACUUGGUUACGGCAACAAGGACUGA